AUGGCUUGUCUUGGAGUCCCGAGGUGCAAGGCUCAACUGCAGCUAGCUUCUAGAAACUGGCCCUUUGUGGUCCUGCUUACUUGUCUCUCCAUCCCGACCUUCUCCAAAGCCAUACAUGUGACCCAGCCUUCGGUGGUAUUGGCCAGCAGCCAUGGUGUCGCCAGCUUUCUAUGUGAAUACAUGUCUUCACACAACCCUGAUGAGGUCCGGGUAACAGUGCUGCGGCAGACAAAUGACCAGGUGAUGACCGAGGUCUGUGCCUCCACAUUCACAGUGAAGAAUAGGUUGGGCUUCCUAGAUGAUCCCUUCUGUAGUGGCACCUUCAACGAAAGCAAAGUGAACCUCACCAUCCAAGGACUGAGAGCUGCCGACACUGGGCUAUACUUCUGCAAGGUGGAACUCAUGUACCCACCACCAUACUUUGUGGGCAUGGGCAACGGGACCCAGAUUUAUGUCAUUGAUCCAGAACCAUGCCCAGAUUCUGAUGCCCUCCUUUGGAUUCUUGCUGCAGUUAGUUCAGGAUUGUUUUUUUACAGUUUCCUGAUCACUGCUGUUUCUUUGAGCAAAAUGCUAAAGAAAAGAAGUCCUCUUACAACAGGGGUCUAUGUGAAAAUGCCCCCAACAGAGCCCGAAUGUGAAAAGCAAUUUCAGCCUUAUUUUAUUCCCAUCAACUGA